AGAAACAGAAUCUUUAAAAUCUUGCGAACUAAAAUUAAAAUAUUUCUGUUUAUCAUUUAUUAACUGUUUUCCCUAACUUUCCAAAUACCAAAGGAAACAAGAAUAAAUCAAGAAAAAAUGUCUUCUGAAGAAAAGCCAACCAUCAAGAAUGUUGACAUGACCGAUGAGAUGCAGCAGGAAGCUAUAGAUUGUGCUAGGCAAGCGUUGGAAAAAUAUAAUAUUGAGAAAGAUAUUGCAGCUCAUAUUAAACGUGAAUUCGAUAAAAGACACGGAACAACUUGGCACUGUAUCGUUGGAAGAAAUUUCGGAAGCUACGUGACUCACGAAACCAAGCAUUUCAUCUACUUUUACAUUGGAAAUAUUGCUAUACUCCUGUUCAAAUCUGGAUAAAACAAAUUUGUGUUUUAAUUUAUUAAUACAAAUAAUUUUACUAUUUUUUUUUCCAAACUUUUUUUUAAGAGAAAUUUAAAUUAUCCUGAAUUAUGUUCUCAUAAAGUCAGGAGACGAAAUGCGGAUGUAUGAUUUAUUUUUUAUGUUGAGCAUUAAUACAUUACAAUCUUUAUAAAUAUCGAAAGCAUUUAUAUCUAGAACUAAAAUCCACCAUUUUUUCUUAAUACUUUUUUAAAUGUUGGAAUUCGAAAUUACCGUUAAAUUCUCUUAUUGAAUCGAACUCUUUCUUUUACCUUAAUUAAAAAAAUGAUUUCAUUAAAUCAUGAUCAAAAACAAAUGUUCGAAUGGAUUCUUAAAAAAAGAACUUCAAUGAAUAAUUGGGAAAUAACAAUAAUCAAAUAAAAAAAAUUUAUCUAUUGAUUGUACAACAUCGAUU